AUGUCUCGCAAAUUCCUAACCUACGGUGGUCUUACUGCUAUUGGUGGAGCGACCUAUUACCUCUACAGCGCUGGAGGUGACCCGAAGCUUGCCGAGAAGAAAGCAGAACACGAUGCGGCGACUGCUACGCGCAGACUGAGAGGCGACUACCCUGGCCAGGACAAGGAAGCGAAGAAAGCAGCCGAGGAGGGUUACGAGGCAGUACGCGCCACCGCACAGCAAUACGCCGAUCAAGCCAAGGCGGAGGCGAACAGACUGGAGAAGAAGUUCGAUGCUUACAGCGCCGAUGCGAAAAAGCAGUACGAGCAUGCAAAGGCGCUUGCUGAACAAGAGCUACACCAAGCCGGCAAGCAGGUCAACGCAGCGGCGAACAAGUUUGAUGCCGUCGUCGAGGACAAGGCAGCAAAGGCAACAGGCUGGUUCGGCGGCUGGUUUGGUGGUAGCAAGUAA